UUGCAGGAGAGAAGUUAACUGAAAGAGAAAUAGAGAUGAAAGUGGCUUUGAGUGUCCGCUGCGCAGUGGAGUGUGUAAUUGGAGUACUGUGUGCACAGAUGCUUCAUGUUUCUUUAUAAAAAAAUUUCAGCUUAUGGUUUCAUUGCGCACCUUCAUUUCAAGUAGAACAUGCCCUCUGACAAAUGGAAAUUCCCAUGGCACCACAAUCAUAUAGUUUGGUUGACACCACAUUACCACAUUUGAGCUGUGGAGGAUGUAAGAUCUUCUGUGUGUUGAGGGAGAAAGAAUUGGCUGCUGUGAAGAUCAAUGCAGCUGACGUUGAUAUAAUCGCUAAUGAACCUGAGCUGGACCGGAAGGUGGCUGAAAGGACUUUAUGUGAGCAUAAAGGUGAUACUGUUGCUGCAAUUCGUUCCUUGCUUCAAUAAAGAAUUGGUGGCACGAAAAAUGGGAUUUGUGAUUUUUCUGAGGACAUAGCGACUUGCCCAUAACAUUGUCCAAGUAGGAUCAAAAAGCUGUAUGAGUCGUGCUUCUUUUGGGGAUACAUGACUUGCUUUCUGGAGAUUGUUUGUACUCUCGCCGAUUUUGGUUGCUAAUGUUCAGCCCUGCAUUUUUGCCCUUCCAUGUAGUUCAUGCUGGGACUUUUGGACGGUACAAAAAUCAUGUACAAUUUCGACGAACAAAAAAUCAUAAAUCCACGAGCCUAUGCUCAAUAAUGUGAGGUUGAUUUC